AUGACUUUUAUUGGGAGCCUUCUUAAGAAAUUGCGAUCAAAUGAAGAAAAGCCGAAGCAAAAAUCUCUCCCUUCAGUCAUUGUUCGGGGUGUUGAUCCCUCCAGCCAGUGGAAGAAUUGUGCAGAAUUAGGUGAUGGUGCUUUUGGAAAAGUUUACAAGAUGUAUCUUGAAUUCUGUGGUGGCGGAGCAGUCGACAAUAUAAUGAAGGUUUUAGAUAAACCGCUCACUGAGCCACAAAUUAAAUUUAUUUCCCGAGAAGUUAUUUGCGGUCUUGAGUUCCUUCACCGAAACUUAAUCAUUCAUCGUGACCUCAAAGCUGGCAACAUUUUAAUCACAUUAAACAAUGAAAUUCGAUUAGCCGAUUUCGGUGUCUCCGCUCGAAUGGAGAGUGAGAGCCAAAAACGCACAACUUUUAUUGGCACUCCUUAUUGGAUGGCACCUGAGGUUAUAGCUUGUGAAACGUUUAAAGAUAACCCCUAUGACAUGGCCGCUGAUGUAUGGUCCUUCGGUAUCACACUAAUUGAGUUUGGCGAAAUGCUUCCUCCAUACAAUGAUCUCAACCCAACACGUGUUCUGUUGAAAAUUACAAAAAGCGAACCACCAAAAUUUUCCAGACCGAAGGAUUGGUCGCCUUCUCUAAACAAUCUCGUGCGUCGGUGUCUUCAGAAGUCGCCCGAACAGCGUCCUACCAUGGCGGACCUCAUGUCUGACCCAUUCGUUGCGGAUGUGACCGAGGCAGAUCGAUCCGUGAUCAAGAUACUACUCGGUGAAGUUAACGCCGAUGUUGAAGAAACCGUGGAAGAAGUCGCGCCCGAGGACCUACCCGACCUUGAUCCAGCCAUGGUUUCAGCGGACGCGGCAGAAGUUAUGGCGCACUCCUUGCAGGUCCUGGAAGACGUGGUGGACGAUAAGUCCUCCUCCAGCGCGGACGAGGUCGCACUGGACGCGGUGAGCUAUGAGGACGUGGAGUUCAACCUCGACGACGCCAUUGCCUAUGGCCAGCCUGAGGCACCAACAUUUAUCCCCAUUGACGAGAGUCUAUCGGUCCGUGAGAAGGCGAUAAGAGACGUCGCCAAUGCCCUCAUCCACGACGUUUUGCUGCACGACGUGGACUUCACCUCGCUCGCGUUUGUGGCCUUCGAAAGCCUUCGGGAUAGUCAGGAGGUGAGCGCCAGCCUUUGGUUGUCGCAAGGCGAAAUAGGAGGAAGUUCUGUCGGAGUCCAGUGGGGUUACAGUCGGAUCCGACUCCGUCUUCCCCAAAUUCUGUCACUCUAUCAAUCGGAGAGUGAAGACGCCUUCCAGGAGGCUCCUCUGCAGACGUCUUUUGGACCGAGUCUUCCACCACCACCCCCUCCAAUCAAAGACAACUUCGAAUCGCCUCCACCCACGUGCGUGCCAGAUUUCGCGUCGGAGGUUGUCCCGUCUUCGCCGCUCGAAACACAGGAACUGUCUCCGCCACGACCGCAUUCACCCAACCACGAUGAGCCUCAGUUUCUGCUGCAACUAUCUCAACUCCAAGCACCCGGUAGCGAUCAGGACGGAGAUGCAUCGCAGGCUGUUGGCAAUUCGGCAGCGGCUGUUUCUUCUGCUGUAAGUACUUCACGAGUUCUCCUUCUGUUCCUUGUCGUGGAUUUAAGUCCCGGGAAACUAGAUGACUUGUCGCGGACUCCACUCACGUCUUGGCUCCGACGAUGUCCAACCCAGUUCAGGACGUCGACUCGUGUGCGUCGUUUUGUGGUGGACGGUGAGGAGCACACGACGACGUCGAAGAAAGUUGUUCUUGCCGAUCGAAAUGCGCGCCCAGCGGAAUACAGUGUCGCGCGAAUGCGGGCGCUGCGUGACUUCCGAGAACUGGCGAAGGAGAGUAAGCGGCGAAAUCGGGAAAUCGCCGAACGAGUGGAGCAACAGGUGCGCCAGUUGGAGGCGAAGCAAGCGACGGAAUUCACCGUGAGUCUUACUCUCUCCCCGCUCCACCUCCUCACUCACCCCUUUGGCUCCCCAACUGUUCCUAGUAGUGGCUUCUCGUGUUCUCCCAACCUUCUUGUCACCCUUCAUGCUUCGUUUCAGCAACUGCAUCGGAAUUUGACGAGGGAACUGGAGUUGGUGGCAAAGAAGUACAAGGCCAACCGCGAUCGCCUUCAAGUACAGUAUGAAAACGACUUGAAGGCUCUUCAAGACGCCAACGCUCAAGCCGAGAAGGCGUUUCUGGAUCAGUUCAAGUCGAAGCUGGAGUACACGGUGUCGUCGCGCACCCUGCGCAAGUCCGUUUACCGGGAGGUGCGCGACACCGUCUGCGGCGUCGCCUCGGGCACCCCUCGUCCCACCUCAGCACGCGAACGGACCCUCGCAUCGGCCGAUACCUCGGCCCCGAUCGGCGAAUACUAUCGCGACGCCAUCGCCUUUCGAGAAGCACAGGAGGCCUCGUGGUGUGCGGACCUGGCACAGCUGAAGGCGGCGCACGAGGAGAAACUCGUGCAGCUUGAAGCGCAGUUGCGCACCGAUCAGUACAAUAUCAACCUGAGUAAACUGCCCACCACUUGGUACCUUUUAGACUCGACGAAAGAACAGGGUAGGAUGGAGCAGCGCCACAUGCACAUGCGCCACCAGCUAGCGCGGAGUCAGCUCAAGGACUUCGCGAUGGCGGACAGGCAACUGCUCGCGAAGCGGCUUGCAUCUCAGCUGCUCGAACUCCGUGAGGUGAGGCUCGCUAACAACCCCCAGAAGUUACCAUCUGCUACCGCAGAGGCUGAAAAGGAGCGACUUUUUGCGGCCCAGGCCCUGGAGAAAAAGGCGUUCCUCAAGAACGAGAAGGCUUCUCGCAAGCGCAGAAUGGCCAUUUAUCAGAAGAGGCUGCGUGACGAUGGACCUCCAAAUGGGUUGAGUGUGAAGGAGGCAACGGCAAAGGUAGACGAGAUGGAACGGAUGCGAGCGACGGAGGCUCUCCACCUGUUAAACAAGCAUCACCAGAUGCAACUGCAGGCGCUAGAUCGCGAUCUAAUGGCCCGUUUUGUUGAACUGGACGAGCAGCAGUCGGAAAAGAAGACCCAACUCGCCAAUCAGGAGACUAGUCGGCUGAAAGAACUUGACGAUGAACACAAACUGGAGUUGAAGGCUCACGCUGACCGCCUCCUCCGCAAACUAGUCCAACUCAGUGAGAAGUACGAAAAGUACAAACGCGACGAGGCGGAUUCGCAGCCACCUUUCAACGCUCAGACACCUCCCCCAAACGGCAGUCACAACGGCCACCUGCGCAAGAGCUCUGAGACUUCCAGUAUGAGAUCUCAUGUACACUCUAUCAACAUCUCUAACUUCAUCCAUCGACGAACUGGAUCCGGCUCGAUGUUCCGUCACAGCAUGGAGAACCUCAGUUCAUUGAAGAAAUCCCCGUCCCCAUCAUUCCAAUGCUAG